AUGUGGCUGCCGCUGCUUCAUAGCCUCCCGCAGGCGCACGUGCUGCGCGGCCCGGCGGCCGCGCCGCCGCUCCGCAGCUGGAUCCUGAUGGGCGGCGUAUCUCCCGACCGGAUGCCGUCCCACGGCAUGCUCUACGACGGGUGGGGCAAGGAGCAGCUCGGCCACCUAAGCGACUCGUGCUCGCUGGUCGAGGCGGGGUACGAGCGGGAGAUGAACCGCUUCGAGCUGGCGCUUGCGAUCGCGCGCCGCGCCAAGGACAAUGCGUAUACCUCGGCGCAGGAGGCGCCCAGCGGCGUGAUGAGCCACGGCGGCGUCGCGUACCGGCCGCGCAAGUCGCACGUGGUGGUAGCGAUGCGCGAGCUCAUCACAGAGGUUGAGGCGACCGGAGACCUCGCCGUGCCGCCGCCGCCGCCGCCGGAGGCCGCCGCAGGAGACGCGCGCUCCGCGGGCGGCGCACCGUUGGAGCGCGGCGCGCCGCCGCCGCAGCCCCGCCCUUCGCUCGGGUCGCUCGACGGCGACGGCGGCGCUGCGAAGCUGGAGGACCUGAAUGCGAUGCUGCUCGCAGACAGCCCGCCGGUCGGCAGCGUCGGCGCGGCAGGCGAGGCCGGUGCCGCGGCCGGAGCUGCGGCGGACGUGGACGGUCUGGAGGCGCUGCUGGCGGGCAUCGCGGACUUGGACGGUCUCGACGAGGACUUUGGCGACCUCGCUGUCCCCGCCGACGCCGCCGCGUCGCUGACGACCCCGAGCAGCGCGGUUGCUGCCACUCAAGCGUCGCUCGCGGGCGUUGCGGUCACCGGUGCUGCCACCAGCCUGAAUGCCGUCUCGCCAGAGGUUAUCACCGACGAGCUCAAGGGCUCGCCGAAGCCGCACCUGCGCGCUGUCGGCUCCAUCCUCGCCGUCGAGUGGAAGCGGCUGGCGCGCGCCUUCGAGAAGGACCCGCUCAGCCUGCCCGAGCGGACACAGGAGCGCGCGCCCAUCAUCACUUGGGCCAUCGACCUCUGGGCGAGGUCCGAGUUGCCGAGCUGGCACCCGUGGCACAGCUCGCGGUGGCACAGCGCGCGGGCGCCGGAGCUGCCCGACGGCGCACCGCGCGCGCCCACCAUCUGGGCGUCGCUCCGCGCGCUCGAGCGCGAGCUCGCCUCGCAGGUCUGGCUCGGGCUGUCGACGGCGCCCCUCCGCGUACUGCGGCUGCUCCGUUCUGCGCUGCUCGUCACCGUGGUGGCGCUCGUGGCCCAAGUGCGGCUGCCCGGCUUCGGCUACUUCCGCCGCCGGCUCACCACCGCCUGGCCGCGCUUGGUCGAUCACCUCGCCGAGACUCUGGACCGCAACUUCGAGAGUGACCCGGACAAGGCGAUGCGGACCGAGUCCUUCGAGCGGCCAGCAACGGCGCACGGGGUCCACUACGUGGAGGUCGGGGCUCGGGGGCAGCGCAUACGGCGGCUCCGACUCGCGUGA